CACGCUCGUAUUUAGUACAACAUUGGAGGCCCGCUUCACUCGUCCACGGUCUCUCGCGGCGGCAACGGCGGGUGCGCGCGCGAAAAUUCAUACCUCGCAGAGAGAAGGGUGGCGACGACGCGAAGGGUAGAAGGAAACGGAACGGGAGAGCGCGAGGGUAGUCGCCGCGCGUUGCCGACAACCCUGGCGACGUUGAGGGAAGAGCGCGGUUCCCCGUGGAAGAUGUAACGAUUUCCGCGAGGGCCUUCUCGCGCGGAAGGGAAAGAAGGAAAAACGGCGGCGGGGGAGGAGGCGAAGAAGCGGAGCGGCAGUCCCGCAGCGAUUUUCUAAUUCAAGGGGGAGGGACGCUUCGCCAUCGGGAGGGAAGUUUCAUGGCGUGAGGCGUCAUCGGCGGCGCGGACGGACUCGCCCGUUUUUCUUCGCAGGAGGAGAGCCAGAGCUCCGCCGACAGUCAGGAUGCACGCGGUUGGAUUACACUCGGCGCUGGCCAUCAAGCGUCAGCGAAUGCGCCGGGACGAGCAGCGUCGCGCGCGCGAACGUCGUUAUAGCGCGCAAUCGGGCGAAAGCGGCCUGACGUCGCCUAGGGCCUCGACCGGAUCGCUGGACCACCAUGGCAGGCAUCACAAGAGCGCGCAUGCCGGCGGGCGUGCGUCCGGCCAGGCUAUGCUGGACACGAAGGUGGUCACCUCGAUCGGGAUGCUGCACAUCGGCGUGGUGUUCCUGGUGCUGGGGGGUUUUCUGUUGGUGAGCGGUCUGCUGCCGGGCGACCUCGCUCACUGGGGCACCAAGUCAUCCGGCGGCUGGUGGAACGAGCUCGUCGCCGUCGGCCUGUUCGCGAUCAUCGUCGGCGUCUUUCUCAUCGUCCUGAAUCGCGUCAUCGCCAAGAAGGAGGAGGACGAUCUCGAGGAGUACGUUCAACGGCAGCUCACCAGAUCGCGAUCCGGCCACCGAUUGGAGCGAGACGUGGAGACCGGUGGGCUGACCACCCGCCACGGCAGACGGGCGAAGCAGAUGAAGCAGGAGUCGUCGGACACCUCCCUCGAGAUUAAGGACGACGACAAGGUGAACGGAAGCGGCGGCUCGCCGCGACGGAGCCCGCCGCCGGCGUAUACGCCGCAGGCCGCGAUCAACGGUGACAAUCAGUCGGCGGUCCAAUCGGCGCUCUAUCUCGAGCAGAUCACCGAGGAGGAGAUUAUCAGCGACCGCGUCGAAACCUCGACCACCAACAGCCUCAGCCCGGGCUCGCCCAGCGAGACCCGGGAGCUGCUGCAGAACGCGCGAUACUCGAAGCAGAACGGGAACCCGCAGCAGGUUCACCGGCCUUACGUCUCCAAGAUCUAGACGAUAUAGGCUCGAGAGAGAUGAAAGGGAGCGACGCGACAAGCGGAUAACGCGACGGUGCGACAAAGCCCGCUUUUUCAUCCAGCCAUUUUAUCUAUGGCGUCUUCCGACCGAUUCUUGGGAGUGAAUUUCCAUUGUCGACGUAUACAUUCCCGUGUCCCCUGGAUCGUACAACGGGCAACGAAAUUGCGAGGAAACGCAACACGAAGAAGAGCGAAGCGAGGCGAAGCUGCAAGAUAGUCUAAACCAGCACGGACUUCGGAAAGACGAAAUUUCCGCGCAAAUCAAGCAGCGACUUUUCCGCGACGAUCCUCGGUAUUUGCGAGCCGAAACGCGCGUCGCGAUAUCCGGUCGUUUCUUCCGAGGGGGGGAAACUCGAGGGAAGCUUGAGAAGCGAAACUUUCGAUAAUCAUACACACAUAAUCACAAACACUAAACGUACAUUCGUACAACACGUUUGACAAGGUAGGGAACCGAAGAAUCGAAUUCAAGGACCAAGAAGACUAGCCGUGAAGAUUAUAUCGUAGAAUGAGGCACAACUUUGCGAAACGACUUUGGUGUUAUUCUAUAUAUAUAUAUAUAUAUAUUGGGAAGUACUCGAUAAAUAACCCGAUUAAAAAUAAUCGUUUCUACUUAAAAGGAAAAUCUAUUAGGCAUACAAGCGACGGCGUGUAUUACGGUAAUCCUCUAUGCACUUUUUACUUGCUUUGUUUCGAUUCUCUCAUUCCCUAGUUUCUGAAUAUCGAGACAUUUAAAGAGAGAUAUACAUGUCGAUUUAAAUUACAUUUAUUCUUCAUAAAAAUGCAAUCAGAGUAUAUUUCUUUACUUUAAUCAUUAAUUGAACACCGUUCGAAGCGGUUGAUUUCAUUAAAAAGAUGGAGAAAAUUAUUUACUCAUAUAUCGUUACAUUUAAUAUCGCGCAUACAGCUGUACGUCGGAGGCUGAAAGAGUUUAUGCAUUAACGUGCGAUGCGAAUCGAAAAUAAGGUCUCUAGAGGAAGAAUAGCGUACGACGACAUUCCGAAAUUUGAUUUCGAUAUAUCUUAGCGCUAAUAUAUAUAGGACUAUACUCUCUCUAACUUCGAAAAAAUACGAUUGACGUGCAUAUACGCGCAUAUGCACGGCGAAUUUCAGCGUGUACGCCAGGAAGACGUGCAACUAUUCGUCCAGCGACUGUUGGCGCAGCAGUAUUGUUAAGCUAGCCGAUAAUUUGUAAUGUGCUAUAUUCCUUUUUAUAAUAUAUUAAGCAUUUAUUUACACGUAAAACACAUCGUACUAGCUUUAGUCGGCGAGAUCCGCCGGGGGCGGUGAACGAGGUCGCGCGCGCGCAAUUCUCUCUUAGGGAUGUGUCCGCGUGUGUGCGCGCGUGUUACGUGUGUGAAUCCAUACCACUCGACUUGAAUUGGCGAAGGCAAUAAUCGCACGAUGGAGAACCGCGCCGCGGUCGCUAUUCGUUCGCGUUCCCGGAAAUCUCUCUUCAAAAUGAAAUAUCGUUAUGCUCGGGCGCUACUGUUCUGUGAUCCUAAGAAGAGAAGUUAAUCGUCUUAUACACGUCUUACAUGUCAGAUGAAUUUAUUGAAAAGCUAAAAGCUUCUUUCGAGCGGUAUUGUGCGCGCGUGUGUGGGUGUGUGCUCCGUAUAUACAUUACAGUAUAUCACUAUAUACGACCCAUGCAUGCAUGCCGCGUAAUUAUGCAAUGCGUGCUGUUUUUAUCGCCAUCGCGUGGCGCUCCGAUUAUUUAUUAAUUAACGGAACGUUUCCACUGUGUAUUUAAUUGUACGUAAUUACAAUUUUUUACGCCUUUUGCAAAUUUAAGAAUGCAAGAAAGAGAGAGAGAGAGAGAGAGAGAGAGAGAGAGAGAGAGAGAGCACAUGCGUGGAAGAUUGUGGCGAAAGGGAUAUAUAGAGAGAAAUAGAUAUAUAGACAGACCGUGAGGGGGUGACAGGCGCGAAUAGAAAGGGCGAAAUUCAUUACGAUUAAAUCGGGGCCGGUUGGGGCGCGUAAUUAACAUUGGGAGCAAAUUGGGAUAAAUUGGGGCAAAUUGGGAAAUUGCUCCAUCAAGAGUCAUGGAAAAAAGACUCGCUGGAAGAGGGAGAUCGAAUCCGGAUGAGAGACCGUGUUCUCAGAUCAGACCAGAUCGCUCUCGGUGUCCCGAGUCCCAGGAUUCGCCCUUAAAUCGGCUCCGAGUUAAACGUCGUGCAAAAGUGCCUUUGGUAAUGUGCACUCCGGUAUUCCUUUGGCGAUAAUCUCGCCUCGAGUACGAGCACCCGUCUGAUUCCUCGUCCCCUUCUUUACCCUCCCCUACACACACACCCCUCGUACCUGUGUGCGAACGACUGGACGCGCGUGCGAAUGUAUAGAUGAUUGAUUAAAUUGUUUACCCCCCGAAUCUCUGUGAUCGCGUGUGCUUUCUCCGUUACGUCGGAAAAGUAUAUAGCUUUUCGUUUUCGGUCCCUGGGUUCUCCGCGUCCGUUCGUUUUUUCUCGACUAAAAGGCUGAAAUUGCGAACUAAUCUUACAAUAUACAUACAAAUACAUACAUAUAUACGUAUAUAUAUAUAUAGCGUGUAAGUCUCUCUCUCAAAAUUAAAGUCUAAGAGUAUAUACGUCUUCUUGAAAACUAAAGACUAUAUUUCCUCGUGUACUAUCUCGAUUGUAAUUUCGUUGUUUACCAUGAUAGAUUUACAGAGCACACGAAUCUCCCUGUCAAGCGGAACCUAUCCGCCUGGAGGAACGUCUGCUUCUCCAGGCGGUUACGUCCCGCUUGAACGAUACAGAUACACGAACGUCCUCAAAAUAAGUGGUACAAUUUAUUACUCUACGUAUAUAGCGUCGCGCGCGUGCUUAUCGGUUGCAAAACUUUUAAUAUUUAAACAAGUGCAUAAGCCGUGUAUCGAUUUCGACACGUAGGGGAGGUCAUCUUUGGAAAAGACAAGUCCACCUAUAGAAUUAUCUGAUUGCCGUGUUCGUUUCGCGUCCGCAUACUUAUCAGAGUUUUUUUUAGAGAGAAACACUUUUAGAGCUAUAGGUCUUGACUUGCACAGGGUGUCCCACUUGUGUGCCGCGUGUUAUUUUUCAACGACGAAUUCCUCGAUUGGUCGAAGGAACCGACCUCUCCUCGACAUUUUCUCGAAAAGUGUCGCAAAAGAUCACUUAGCUUUUCAAUCUUCAGCGUUCUACGCACCUAAGCGUAUCGAUUUAGGAUUCUAUUAAACUUCCUCCAAGUUAAAAAUGUAACCCUCUCUUUCUCGUAAAUUAAAUUUCGCUUUCUGAACUUUGGACUUGCUGAAGAGAAUCUUUCUUUUUUUUUCGGUCGCUAAUUAUAACUAAAAAUAACUCGAGAAUUAUCGCUCCGACAUUUCUGCAGGGGAAAAAACUUCGAAUUGAGAAUGGGACACCGUGCGUGUAAACGUAAAUGGAUUUUAAUUGCCGUCGCGUUGAUUAUCAGUUUUGCAAAGCGACUCUCUCGGAGCGUCUUUAAACGACGCCGCGAAUGAUCCUGCCGAUUAGCCGUAGCUAAGGAUAACGAAGGACCGCCGUUUCCCCGCUUCCGCGAGAGGAACGUGGACGAUAUCGGAAACGGGAGUUCCGACGAUGAAAGUAUUGCCGUUGCUUAUACAAUAGCACGAAACGAAAACCGAAAUGCUCACUUGGCGAACAAAUUUCCUGUUCCUAGAUAUAUCUCGACGAAUCCUUUCCCCGCACCUCUAAACUCCUGCCGAAAACUUGAAUAUACGAAUUGUGGAGAGAGCGGAUCGAAGGAAGAAAACGACAUUCCGCUUCUAUUCAUUCGCGUUUUGACGUUGAACGUUCAAUCGACACGAUGGUAAUUGACACGCGAACGGAAAACGCGGUGUAUACGGUGGUGUUACGGUGUAAGGCGAAAAACGACGGGCGUAUAUCUGUUUGCGGAGCGAUUUAGCGAUAUUACUAUAUUUAUCGCAAGAUUUACUACGACGCGCGAGAAUACAUUUGCUCGGAAAGGGAUUGGAAUUAUAGGGGGACGGACAGGAGGGAUACGGUUUAUAUCGUAUAUCUCGUUACCGAAUCGAUGCCGCUAUCUCCCAUCCCCGUUCGUUCGGUCCGCCCCGCGGAAAGGAGGAAGCCAAGCCACGAAGACCGUCGAGUCGUUAUACGACAGAGGGAAAACCGUUGUUGUAAUUACUAUACUUAUUGUAAAAAUUAUUAUUAUUACAUCGCUGCUGUUUUUUGCGACUAUUACAGUAGUUAAUUUUACCAUAGAAGUUUAAAAAAAAACCUUUCUUAUUGCGAUUUCUCUAUUGUACCACUUAUAUACAACUUGAUGCACGAAUUUUUCGAGAAUAAAUAUUUAUGAAACGCUCCA